UUACAAAAAAUUAACCAAAGGAAAGAAUCAGACAAAAAAAACCUUAACACAAUCAACUUGAAAUUAGCUUAAUUAGAUUGAUUAGUUUUCCAAGUCAUGAUUUAAGAAUUGAAAUCAUUUUUACUUUUAAAACAAUGUUGACCUCAAGUAAAUUUAUAUUAAUCAUCAUUCUAGUUGCGACCUUUUCAGUUGAUCAAUCAAAUUGUCAAGGUGCUUACGAUCCUUACACAAGCUUCAGGGGUGAGAGAAAAGGUUCAUUCACUCCUGGUCAAGUAACGGGAAUUAUUUUCGGUUCAAUCGCUUGUGCGAUCGCAUUGGCAGUUACUCUUGGAUUCUGUUAUUUUGUUUAUCGUAGUGAGAAUGAAAAAUCAAACGGAGGUCGAUACACACCAACAGCUUAUCAAGAGACCUGACCUGACAUUGCGAUCACCAUUUAAGCGUCUAAUUAACCAUAAUUAAGCUGAAUAUAAUUUCUUAAUUUUUACCAUUUGUUUUGCACCAAAUCAUCAAAUUUUACAAUUUAAAUAUCAUUUCUUGAUUAUGAUUAUACAAUUACAAGAAAAUCAAUACAAAAUGUUUAUGUUGCAAACUAAAUUAACUGAAAGUAAAACUGUAAUUUAAUGAGUAUUUUGUUACCGGUAAGGUAAAUCAAUUGCUAAUUGUCAAUGUAACCGACUUGCAGAUUAAAUAGUUAACUGUAAAACUAAA